UCUUCCUCACAGCGCAUGCGUCACCUGUCGGGCUUCUCCAGAGUCGGGAACAUGGCGGCUCCUGAGGCGUCGGUCUGUGAAGACGACGUGGUGGGAACUGAGGCGGGCGGGGGGACGGACCCUCAGCCAGAGACCACUAUGGAGACUCACCAGGAUCCCGCCAACUGCAACAACGCCGUCUCCACGGUCUCGUCCGACCAGUUCCUGGUGACCCCUUACCACACCCGCCGCAUAGGGAACCCUGAGGACCUCGUGGAGCUCGCUCAGCAGGUCCAGAAGGCUGAUGAAUUCAUCAGAGCAAAUGCUACAAACAAGCUGAUAGUUAUAGCUGAGCAAAUCCGGCAUUUGCAAACACAGGCCAGGAAGGUAUUGGAAGAUGCUCAAAGAGAUGCUGAACUGCACCAUGCAGCUUGUAAUAUGGUGAAAAAACCUGGAAAUAUUUACUACCUCUAUAAAAGGGAUAAUGGACAGCAAUACUUUUCCAUCCUUUCACCAAAGGAAUGGGGGGCAAGUUGUCCACAUGAUUUUCUUGGUGCCUACAAGCUUCAACAUGACCUCUCCUGGACUCCAUUUGACAACAUUGGGCAGCAAGAUGCUGAACUCGGCAUCAUGGACAAAAUUUUGAGCCAGCAGAUGGCCCUGCCCGAAUGUACAGAGCCCAAUUUCCAGGGCCUCACCUAGUGACCAUGGACAAUGCCAAAUAGAAUGUGGGCCUGGCUAUGCUCGUCUUCUUAGCUUCCCUACAUCCUACUUUGUAGGAGUUGUGAGAAGUGAGAUGUGAUGUACACACAUAUGAGUAUCUUGGAUGAAGACUCCCUGUGUGAAUUGAAGUAUAUUUAUCAACUCCA